UCCUGGGGAGAGUACUCAUCAUCAUCUAUCUAUCUAAAUCUCUCUCUAUAUAAGCAAUUACAGUGUCUUUUAAGUAAUGGCGGAUUUAAUUUUUUCCUGAUUAUCCAAAAAACCAUCUUUUUUUUUUUUUUCUUUUUCUUCUUUCUUGUAGUAUAAAUUUCUCCCACCGGUAAAAUACAAUCGACGACGAAGCAAAAAGACAAAUCCUUUUUUCUUUUCUGACUUUGAUUUUUCAAAAAAAUUUCCCGAGAAUCUUUUUUUGAGAAACCCAAGAUUUUUAUCCCCAAGAAGAUAUUUCAAUCAUAAUUGAUAGAAUAGGAUAAAAAAAAUUGGGUUCAUUUCUAUUAGAAGAAGAAUCUCGAUUCGUCCAUCGUUUCUUGGAUUCUCCGCUAUAAGUUCCUUAAAUCUUUCAGAAACUGAUGUUUAUUGGAAUAGUAUAAGCUGCAUGCUCGAAAUCGGGUUUAGGCUGCAAUUGACCUGUCUAGAAACUUUAAAAGAGCGUUUUUUUGUAUAUGAUUUAGAACAGUCAAAGUUUCAAAGAUUUUUUUUGAUGAGAGAUGAGUUUGGUUGGAAGAGUUGGGAGUUUGAUUUCUCAAGGAGUUUACUCUGUUGCUACACCGUUUCAUCCAUUCGGUGGUGCUAUUGAUGUCAUUGUUGUUCAACAACAAGAUGGUUCUUUCCGUAGCACACCUUGGUAUGUUAGGUUUGGUAAGUUCCAAGGUGUUCUUAAAGGCGCUGAGAAGUUUGUCAAGAUUGCUGUGAAUGGCACCGAAGCUGAUUUCCACAUGUACCUUGAUAAUUCUGGUGAAGCUUAUUUCAUCAGGGAAGUUGAUCCUGCAGCAGCUAAUGACACCACCAGUUUGAUUUCCGGGUCUGAGAAUAGCAAUGCUAGUAGUGAAACUGGUUUCCGACUUGAGCACAGUUUAUCUGACGCUGGUUCUGGGGAGUUACGAGAAGGUUUCGACCCUUUGAAUCGGCUUGAGAGGACUGAGUCUGAUUGUAAUAGGAGGUUCUAUGAUUUUCAGGAUGAUCCGCCUUCUCCAACCUCGGAAUAUGGAAGUGCUAGAUUUGACAAUCUUAAUGUUGAAAGCUAUGGGGAUUCUCAAGGCUCUGAUUCUGAAGUCGUUUUGGUCAGUAUUGAUGGACAUAUACUAACAGCCCCUGUGUCAGCCGCAGAGCAGGAGGCUGAGAAUUUACGGUUAAAUACUCCUCAGUUUCAUUUGGCCCCUGGUGAUGGGACUGAGUUUUGUGAAGGUAAUACCGAGUUUGCGUCGUCAGAGACUUCGUGGGAUACCGAAUAUAUCGGCAAAGUUGAGUCAUCUGAUGCUAUUAAUAUUGUAUCUGAGAAAGUGGAGUCAUCUGAUGCUAUUAAUAUUGUAUCUGAAAAAGUGAAUGCUGCGAAUGAUGAUCGUAAUGAUUCAGAUUCAAAUUCUCGUGAUAAUGCCGAAAAAGAUUCUCAUGAUGCUCAAAGAAAUCUUCUUGGGAGCUAUAUGGAGCAGUCAGAGCUGACUGAGACGAGUGAGAAUGCAAAGUCAGGGGAACCAAGUCCUACUACUUUUGAGGAUCGAAAUCUAAAAGAAGGUGAGUUUCCACUUAGCACCAUCCCGGAAAAUGAUAGAAGUGAAGAUGAAGUGACUAUUGAAACAAGAGAUACUCUCGUUGAUAGUUUUGAAUCUUCUUCUGCAACCCAAAUAAUAACAACAGAAGAAGUCAAAACAACUGAGGAAUCCAGAAUAUCCGUUGAUUCUAAUACUGAUUCAGAAUGUAAGGAUGAACAGCCAAGAACAUCUGCAGAAACUGCCAUCUUGAUUAACAACGAGGAAGGCGGGAUUGUAGAAUCGGAAGAUCAGGCUUCUGAGAGAGUCUCUAUAGAUUCAACGAGAGAGGACGAUGAGCAACUGACUCCAACUAAACCAACAGAGGAGGAUAACGAGGACGGGAAGAGUGUAGUUUCUGUGGGUGCGACUUCUAGUUUAGACGUAGGAAAACCCGAUACAGAUCAGAGAUAUGAGCUAUCAAUUUGCAAGGAUGAGCUUCGUCAGGGUAUGGGACUUAGCGCAGCUGCUGAGGUCUUUGAUGCACAUCGGAUUACCAUGGAAGAAUAUAUAAACUCGGCAACAUCAAUUCUUGAAAGUGAAAAUCUGGUUGUUAGGAUCAGAGGCACGUAUAUGCCAUGGACGAAAGCUGCUCGAAUUGUGCUUGGGAAAGCUGUGUUUGAUCUAGACUUAGAUAUCCAGCCAGAUGAUUUGAUUUCUGUGGAGGAAAAUGAAUCGCCUAACCCCAAGGAUGAUGAAACCACAGUAACUCCUUCUUCAUCUGGAAGAAGAUGGAGACUCUGGCCUAUUCCUUUUAGAAGGGUUAAAACAAUUGAACAUACGGGAAGUAACUCCUCCAGCGAAGAAGAUCUGUUUGUUGAUUCUGAACCUGGCUUACAGAACUCACCGGAACCACAAUCAACCGCAGCGAGUCGCCGUGAGUCCCCGCGUAGACAACUUGUGAGAACCAAUGUCCCUACCAAUGAACAGAUCGCAUCUCUGAAUCUGAAAGAUGGUCAGAAUGUAAUAACUUUUAGUUUCUCGACAAGAGUUCUGGGAACACAACAGGUCGAUGCGCAUAUUUACCGGUGGAGAUGGGACACCAAGAUAGUGAUCUCAGAUGUUGAUGGAACUAUAACUAAAUCUGAUGUGUUAGGUCAGUUCAUGCCCUUCAUUGGAAAGGACUGGACACAGUCCGGUGUAGCCAAGCUUUUUUCUGCCAUAAAGGAGAAUGGAUAUCAGUUGCUUUUUUUAAGCGCCCGUGCCAUCGUUCAGGCAUAUCUAACGAGAAAUUUCUUAAAUAAUCUGAAGCAGGACGGAAAAGCUCUGCCAACCGGUCCUGUAGUCAUUUCACCAGAUGGGCUAUUUCCAGCAUUGUACCGUGAAGUAAUAAGAAGAGCACCUCAUGAAUUCAAGAUCGCAUGUUUGGAGGAUAUCAGGAAACUCUUCCCUACGGAUUACAACCCGUUUUACGCGGGAUUUGGAAACAGAGAUACCGAUGAGCUGAGUUACAGAAAACUCGGAAUCCCAAAGGGGAAGAUAUUCAUAAUCAACCCAAAGGGAGAAGUGGCAACAGGACAUCGCAUAGAUGUAAAAAAGUCUUACACUUCACUUCAUACUCUUGUCAACGACAUGUUUCCUCCAACUUCACUUGUUGAGCAGGAAGAUUAUAACCCAUGGAACUUCUGGAAACUACCAAUAGAAGAGGUUGAUUAAAGAAAGGGUUCAUGUUACAAACAGGAGAAACUUUUCGGGUCUCUAAAACGAGGUGCAGAUGAGUCGAACAUGGUGGCUGUGGAAUCUAAGCUUACUCUAUGACCUUGUUGACAGGAAAGAGCUGGAACUUGUAGAAAAGAAAGAGCUAGAACUUGUCUCUACUUUGUAAUGUCUCAUGUAGGAGUUAACACAAUAGGGAAAGAAUGCUAUAUUAGCUGUGACAAACUUAUAUGUACAAGACAUUAUUUUCUUUA